AUGUCAACUAUGUACUCGGCCUUUGGAGCUGUCGUUGAACCUACUUCAUGCAGCAAAGAUACCCCGCGAUCACUCAAGAGGCGGAGUGAGGCCCUUGAGACUCUCGAAAGAAUGACAUUUGCGGUCGCGAACGCAGUCAACACAAGAGAUUUUGAUCCCAAAUCUUCAGCAUGGAGCUCUGUGGCGCCCGACACCAUACUUUCUACCAUGUCGGGACAAGAGUUCGGUAUUCGUGGCCUCUUGCGCCAUUUGGAGCAAGUCACGUCUACGACACCUUCCUAUCAUAUCGAGUUCGUCGACUUAUACACCACGAUGAAUAGCACACUUGAUCGCGGGGAGGUGUUUGCGAGAGCGGAAAAGUUUGGGGACCCGCCUGGCGUUGUCAAGAAGGGCCUGUUCCAAAUCGAGUAUAGGUUGCUGGAAGGCGAGUGGAAGUGGGUGAAGCAGACCAGCUUCGCUGCUGGAGAAAUGGUUGCGUGGGAAUAG